UUAAUUUCAACAAACAAAGGACAUUGCACUCGGGUCACAAACACUAGACUAACAAUAUACUAUAUAUAACAUGUGAGUAAACUCGAACCUUUAUUGUCUUUCACGAAUAGCCAUCUAGCACUAGCAGAAUUUGCGUUAGUGUGUGUUCACAAAUGAAAUGAUCACCAGCACACAAUUGGUAAUGCCUUCUCUUACUUAUUUCUCAGCCUCAGCUACCAUAAUUGGCAACUUUUUUGCAAGCCUUUUCUAUUCUGACAUAAGAGAUAGAAGAAACUCUCAUUCUGUGUGCAUGAAACUUGGUGUUUCUUAGUCUGAAUCAAUUGCAAUGGAGACUCAUAAUUCAACAUGUCCACCACCAAUGAAGGCCACAUCAAACGGGGCGUUUCAACAUGAGAACCCCAUGGAUUAUGCACUUCCUUUAUUGAUUGUGCAGAUAUGUUUGGUUGUGGCAUUUACCAGAUUCCUUGCAUUCCUUUGCAGGCCCCUUAGACAACCUAGAGUUAUUGCAGAAGUCAUUGGAGGGAUAUUACUUGGACCAUCUGCAAUAGGGAGGAGCCAGAAAUUUCUGGACACAUUUUUCCCCAAGAAAAGCUUAACUGUUCUUGACACACUGGCUAAUGUUGGCCUUCUGUUCUUCUUGUUUCUAGUGGGUCUUGAGCUUGACAUGCGUUCUAUACGCAGAACUGGUUACAAGGCCUUAUGCAUUGCCCUUGCUGGAAUCACAUUCCCUUUUGUGCUUGGCAUUGGCACCUCAUUUGCUCUUCGCGCGACCAUAUCAAAAGAUGUUGAUCCAGGCUCCUUCCUUGUCUUCAUGGGUGUUUCUCUCUCAAUCACCGCCUUCCCCGUUCUCGCUCGAAUCCUAGCUGAACUCAAACUCCUCACAACCGAUGUUGGUCGCAUAGCGAUGUCUGCAGCUGCUGUCAAUGAUGUUGCAGCAUGGAUACUGCUUGCUCUUGCCAUAGCACUUUCUGGCAAUAACACUUCCCCACUUAUUUCCUUAUGGGUCCUGCUUUGUGGUGCUGGUUUUAUCCUCUUUGCUAUCUUUGCUAUAAAGCCUUUACUUUCAUUAAUGGCGAAGCAUUCCCCUGAGGGCGAACCGGUGAGGGAGAUCUACAUUUGCAUCACCUUGACAGUAGUCCUGGCUUGCAGUUUUGUUACUGAUACUAUUGGCAUCCAUGCACUCUUUGGGGCUUUUGUAGCUGGCAUUGUUGUUCCUAAGGAUGGUCCCUUUGCUGGAGUUUUGACUGAGAAGAUAGAGGACCUUGUAAUGAGUCUAUUGUUGCCACUCUAUUUUGUGUCAAGUGGAUUAAAGACUAAUGUGGCAACCAUAAGUGGGGCAACCUCUUGGGGCUUACUAUUUCUUGUUGUAUUCACUGCUUGCUUUGGAAAGAUCCUUGGCACAUUUACUGUGUCCAUGUUAUGUAAGGUGCCUUUUAGAGAAGCCCUCACUCUUGGAUUUCUCAUGAACACCAAGGGCUUAGUGGAGCUCAUUGUUCUCAAUAUUGGCAAGGAUCGCAAGGUACUGAAUGAUCAGGUAUUUGCAAUCUGUGUUCUCAUGGCAUUGGUAACCACUUUCAUGACUACCCCAAUAGUGAUGGCAGUGUAUAAACCAGCUAGGAGGGGAUCACCUUACAAGCACAAAACAGUUCAGCGCAAAGAUCCUGACACAGAAUUUCGAGUGCUGGCUUGCUUCCACAGUACCCGCAACAUUCCAACCUUGAUCAAUCUGAUAGAAUCUUCCCGGGGAACCAGGAAGCGAGGAAAGCUCUGCAUUUAUGCCAUGCACUUGAUGGAACUCUCAGAGAGACCUUCAGCCAUCACGAUGGUUCAUAAGGCUCGCAACAAUGGCAUGCCAUUUUGGAACAAAAGACAGGACAAUGAAGAUCAGAUGGUGAUUGCAUUUCAGGCUUAUGGCCAUUUAAGCAGUGUCAAUGUUCGCCCCAUGACAGCGAUCUCUUCCUUCACCAACAUUCAUGAGGACAUCUGUUCUAGUGCACACCAGAAGCGAGUAGCAAUGAUUAUCCUUCCAUUCCACAAACACCAACGCCUUGACGGGACUAUGGAGUCACUGGGAAACUCGAUCCACACAAUGAUUGGUCUUGUGCUCAGCCAUGCUCCUUGCUCGGUGGGGAUUUUGAUUGACCGUGGCCUCGGAGGGACAAGCCAAGUCCAUGCUAGUGAUGUGUCCUACAAUGUUGUGGUAGUCUUCUUUGGUGGAUGCGAUGACCGCGAAGCACUUGCCUAUGGGAUGAGAAUGGCAGAGCACCCUGGGAUCUUGGUCACUGUUAUUAAGUUUGUGACUCCACCGGGGAAGACAACAGCCUUUGGUGCCAAAUUGGUUGGUGUAUCAGCCAAUGAGGAUAGGAAGGUAAUAAAAGUGACUGAUGGCACCACCAAAGACGAAGAUAAAGAAGAGGAUGACCAAUUUUGGUCUGAGUUCCUAAGUGUGUGCUACAAGAGUGAAGACUCCAUGGUGUAUGAGGAAAGAUUGGUGGAAAGCAAAGAAGAUGUUGUAACUGCAUUGAGGGAAAAGAAUAAAAGCAACCUGAUUUUGGUAGGUAGAAUGCCACCAGUAGCACCUUUGGAUGUAAGAAGUGAUUGCCCUGAGCUUGGGCCUAUUGGUAGCUACUUGGCUUCUUCAGAGUUCUCCACUUCUGCAUCAGUCAUGGUGUUUCAACAGUAUAAUCCCAAAACAGACGUUCACCCCUUGGUUAUGGAGGUUUCUGAUUUCCCCAUCAUCCCAGACACACCAAAGCAUCCUGUAUAGGGGGUUGAUUGAGAGAUGCCCACAUAGGGUCAGGAUAAAGAACCUGAUAAGCAAUGACAUGUGGUUAUAUUUGGUUGACUGAUUUUAGACAUUAGAUUUACAUAUACCAAAUAAAA